GCCCGCCGGGGCCCGGUGCUUCCUUCCUGCCUUACCGCGUGUGGCUCCGCCUUGAGGAACCUGCGUCUCCCGACGGGCCGCGGUUUCUCCUGACGGACCCUAGGCGUCUCCGGACGGGCCCGGGCGUCACCCGACCUGUCCUGGGCGUCUCUGGACGGGCCCCGGGCGUCACCCGACGGACACUGGUCGUCAUCCGACGGGCCCUGGGCGUCUCUGCGUGGGCUGUCACCGGACGGGCCCUGGGCGUCACCCGGCGGGCCGUGGUUUCUCCUGAGUGACCCGGGCGCCCCUUCUUCCCUCACGUCGCCCACGGGCCCUGGUGUUGCUGUCCCGCCAGGCGCGCGUCUUGCUCUGCGGCUCCUGCCUGAAAGGUCGUACGCGCCCUGCACUCUGGGUCUCAGGCAUUAGACUUGGCAUCUCCAGAGCUGAAGAGCCUGAAAAUCGCUCCAAAUCGUGCUUUUGCAUUGAUUUCUAAAUUAACCACAAUGCUGCCUUCCUUCCCUCCAUUUCGCUUCCUGACGAAGGUCACGUUCUGACCAUUGCCCUCGCAGCAACGCCUCAUAAUACAAAGAGUACAGGUGCCAGGACUUGCCCCAGCUUUCUUUGCAUCGUUUCCAUGGCUACGGGUCAAAUACCAAGACUUUCUAAAGUCAACCUUUUCACUGUGCUCAGUCUCUGGAUGGAGCUCUUCCCUGGAGUAGAAGCCCAAGGGCAAAAAUCUCAGAAAAAUGAAGAAGAAAUUCAUGGACCGUUAGGAGAUAAUGAAGAGUUGGCCAAAGUAUCUGCUGACAAAAAACAGGUGAAGAAAACUGGUCUUGUGGUGGUAAAAAACAUGAAAAUUGUUGGACUCCAUUGUUCUAGUGAAGACUUACAUACUGGACAAAUUGCACUUAUUAAACAUGGGUCAAAGCUGAAAAACUGUGAUCUUUAUUUUUCCAGAAAACCAUGUUCUGUUUGUUUGAAAAUGGUUGUGAAUGCUGGAGUUAACCGAAUUUCUUACUGGCCUGCUGACCCAGAAAUAAGUUUGCUUACUGAGGCAUCUAGUUCUGAAGAUGCAAAAUUAGAUGCCAAAGCAGUGGAAAGGUUGAAGUCAAACAGUCGGGCCCAUGUGUGUGUCUUACUCCAGCCUUUGGUGUGUUAUAUGGUGCAGUUUGUAGAGGAAACUUCUUACAAAUGUGACUUUAUUCAAAAAAUUGCAAAAACACUGCUGGAUGCUGACACUGAUUUUUAUUCUGAAUGUAAACAAGAAAGAAUAAAAGAAUAUGAAAUGUUAUUUUUGGUUUCAGAUGAAGAAAUGCAUAAGCAAAUACUGAUGACUGUAGGUCUGGAGAACCUGUGUGAAAAUCCAUACUUUAGCAAUCUAAGGCAAAACAUGAAAGACCUUAUCCUACUACUGGCCACAGUAGCUUCCAGUGUGCCCAAUUUUAAACACUUCGGAUUCUACUGUAGCAACCCAGAACAGAUUAAUGACACUCACAAUCAAAGUUUACCACAAGAAAUUGCAAGGCACUGCAUGGUUCAGGCCAGGUUAUUGGCAUAUCGAACUGAGGAUCAUAAAACAGGCGUUGGAGCUGUCAUUUGGGCAGAAGGGAAAACUAGAAGUUGCGAUGGAACUGGGGCCAUGUACUUCGUAGGCUGUGGGUACAAUGCCUUUCCUGUGGGCUCUGAGUACGCUGACUUCCCCCACAUGGAUGACAAGCACAAAGAUAGAGAAAUAAGGAAAUUCAGAUACAUCAUACAUGCGGAGCAGAAUGCCUUGACAUUUAGGUGUCAAGACAUAAAACCAGAAGAACGAACCAUGAUUUUUGUGACAAAGUGCCCAUGUGAUGAAUGUGUACCUUUAAUUAAAGGUGCAGGUAUAAAGCAAAUCUAUGCUGGGGAUGUAGAUGUUGGAAAAAAGAAGGCAGACAUCUCUUAUAUGAAGUUUGGGAUACUUGAGGGUGUUAGCAAAUUUACUUGGCAGUUGAAUCCAUCUGAAGCUCAUAGACUUGAACCAAGUGAGCCUGAAAGGAGAGAGAACGGUGUGUUGAGACGCAGGUCCGCGAAGGAGGAGCAGCUGUGCAGCAAGAGGCUGUGUCUGGAAAACAGCUCCGAAGGCCAGGCUACGCCACAGUAAUGCCUCAGUAGUUCCUCACGGUACUUCUAAAAGUCGGCCUGUUAACUCAAACAAUAAGGAUGGGCUUUGUGAAUAAUUGAAAAGUUUCUAAGGGGGAUAAUUCACUAUUAGCCUAUGAAUGAUGUUAAUGAGAAUAUUUUUAUUUUAGAUCUAUGUAUUCCCCAGAAUACAGUGUUCCUUUAUUAGACUAAAUGAGGUAGCAAUAUUUUGGGACUAGUGUAACACCAACAGGCCUGCUUUCUGUUUACCUGGACUUUAUGCAGCCGGUGUCAAAGGGGCUUAUUCACAGGAGCGGAACUUCUUUUGAGAAAUAGUAAUUCCUUUGGGCUAUAAAGAUGACAAUUAGUAAACUGCUCCAGGGAAAGAAAUGAAAACCCUGUCAUCUUUUAAGAAUCCAUGUAUAAGCCGGGCAUGGUGGCAUGUACUUUAGAUCCCAACACUUCAGAGACAGAGGCAGGUGAAUCUCUGUGAGAUGGAG